CAUAGAAAUCAUUCGAACUACCGUACGGUACGGUACAAGUACUCGUACUUCUCGUGGUUGUACUUCAAAGGAGAAGAACUUCUACUAGUAGUACUAAAGAAGAGGAGGAGGAAAAGCAAUCAAAUCAACAUCAAGAACAAGGGUUUUUUUGUUCUUCUUGUUGUUCUUUUUUGUUGUAGCUACUACUAGUAGUAGUACCUUGCAUACGACUGUAUUAGCAAUACCAGCACCUACUACUACUACAAUUUGGUGCUGAUGAUGGUGAUGCUAGUAGUACUAUCUUUGCUAGCAGUGUUGGUGCGGUGGUGAUAUUAUUAUUACUAGUAGUACGGGUACUAAUAGUACUACUGGUAGUGGCAGCAGCAGCAGUAUUACGACGGUGAAGUUCUUUUCCUACGUUUAUCAGUAUGAGUACCUCUAACGUAUGGUUAGAGCUCGUACUUGUAAAGGUAGUCUUGUAGAAUGUUCCUUGGUGUAAUCUUCGUCGUCACCAACGAGACACUCGGCUUGUUCAAAUAUCUUACGGUACGCAAAUUCUCAUAACAAAGAUAGUGAUAGAAGAACGAAAUGCACGAGGUUGCCACGGAGAGAGCCUCAACAGCCACCGUAUUCUGAUGAUUGUGGCAGACUACGAUUGGAAAAGGCUUCGUGACCACCAUUCUGCUGCAAACUUGGUGCGUUUAAAAUACUAGUGUACUACUAUGAACUAGGAGAUGCGCGCACGGCUACCACGAACAGAUCCGGUCCAAAACGAGAAGGAACGAAUCAACAAUCCUGUGGUCCUGCUUCCAAUGAAUUCGCUCCCGUCGUCUCGAAUCACGCUUCUACCUCCAUGGCCGUGUCCGAGGACGACGCCGAGACCGUCAUCCCGAUGCCGGACGUCGUCGGGUGGGGGGUGACGACGGUCUCUCCCAGCGUCGGGGUCACACCCGGCUGCAUGGUCAGCAGGGCCGAGUGGUGGACCUGGUCGCGGAGGGGCUUGAUCUCGUUCGGCGUCACGUCGUUGCGUCGGUAGUCCACGGUCCCGUCGGUGCGAAUGACGCAGACGUCGCAGUUCGAACCCGAUCCGAGGUCGUUGAAAAUCCCCGCCCCGAUCGCGCGCUGGACCAGCUUCACGGCCUCGGCCUCGUCCAUCUCCUCCCUCCAGGACGACUCGAAGAUCGCCAUCGCGGCCAGGCUUCCGGACCCCAUGGUUGUGUAGUUGAGCUUGGCGGUGCUUCCGUGGGGGGCGAUCUGGUAGAUCGAGGGCCCGUUGAUGUCGCAGCCCCCCAGGACCAGCGCGGCGCUGAUGUGUCCCUGGUACUGGAAGAGUCUUCGUUUCAGCAGGGUGCACGCCGUAACGACGCGCGACUGCGAGUGGGUGUUCAUGCGGAGGAGCUCUAGCUGGCUGGAGAUGAGCUGCGUGAUCAUCUCCGUGUCGGCGGCGGUUCCGGCUCCGCAGCAGUACAUGUUGGGGGUCAGAUAGUGGAUCUUUUCGCAGUUUUUUUCGGCAACCUCCGAGCCGCUCGUGGCCCGGGUGUCGGCCCCUAGAACGACACCGCCGUUGUACACCACACCACAGAUAGUGGUUCCGGUCUUCUUCGCGGCGGGGAAGUUCUCCGACCCUCCCAGGGUCAUCAUGUGCUGGUUGCGGAGGGUGUUCUCGAAGGAAAACCCGGAGACGGGGGGCCCGCCGGAUAACGUAUCAUUGGAACUGGUGAGCUCGGACAUGUUUUUGAUUUGUGACUACGAAUCGCUUUUUCUAACUGGUGUUGCCGGUUUGGCGCUGUGAGGGGUCUCUGUGUUUGUUGAUGGAGCGAGAUGAUAAUCGAUUGGUCGUCGGGUUGGCCUAGUGGGUGCAACGUUGCCUUGUUUGUUGCCCGUCGUCGUUGUUGUUGGUCUGGGUGUGAGGUAUUUUUGGUUUUCGUUUGGUGUUUUGGUGCAGUCCGCCGUCUUGUCGGAUUCGUACCGUACUGCGUCGUACAGUACGGUACCGUACGCUAAGAGAGAGACGCCGUCAAAUCCUUCGAUCUGCAUCGACCCGAAUCGAUCGCAGUCGUGGAAAAGGGUGAAUUCAAAAGGGGGUCAUUUUUGCCUCCGCUUGGAUCUGCCGUCUCCCCCUCAUGAGUCGGUCGACGCAUUUUUUGUAUUCUUUCCUCGUACAGUACAGUACGGUACUUUACGAUACGAUACGACUUACGACUAUUGGUACGUAAUAGUACUAGUGCCGCGGCAUAGUGCUUACCAUUAGAUACAAGAUACUUACAUAGCACUCUUAUCCGAUGAAAACCAACAAGAAGCAUAUGGUUGCUUUUGUAUCAAGAAGACGGAACGGUUUGAAAUCUGAAUAAGAGGGCAGCAGUAGUUCUAGAAUUAUUUUAUAGUGGUAAUACUGGCUGGUAGUGCCAACUGUAAGAGUAGUAGGACGAUGUUGGUGCCACACCAGAAGGGUCACCGCACUACUAGCACUUAAUCGGUGUACUUCUCUAUUUCAUUCACUAGGGAAUGAAGGCCGCGUGCUACGCGUCUGGUAGCUAUGGAACUGGGGAACAGAGAACACAUAGCAGCAGUAAUUUCAGCAGCUGCAAAAUACUAGUGUGACGAUUGAAGGAGUACAAUAAUGCUUCGACCGCAGAUGAUCCACCUUCAGCAAUCAAAGGGGAAAAAGUUCAACAGUGUUGAGUUAUGAACACUUCUUACUAGUACCCGUAGGAAGAGCGGAGCUUGUCUAAUUUCACUCCUGCAAUCUGCUGGGCGGAUCUGGUUGCACCCCGCAAUCAACACCAUCAACGCCAACAACAAGACUAAGCACAAUACGAAAGAAGGGAGAAAGAAUCUAGAUCGAUGGACAUGUCCAAAGGGGAAAUGCGAGGGACAAAAUGCUGCCCUCUUUUUCAGAACACAAUAAGUACCGGUUGGUUUUUCGUAGCUUGCGAGUGUAAAAACACCCGCACCAAACGAAACGGAAACUCGUCGAGAAACAGAAAAAAAUAUCCAAAGUUAUGUUACCACUGCCUUUUGCCACACACUGACUCGUUGCUCGAGAAAAACUAUUGCUCGCUGUCUGGUAGCGAUCUCUGUGGCUGGAAAGGAGGAACAGGAUCGAGCAAUUUUGAGACAUUCAUCCUGCUACUGAUUGCAAUCGUCGAGGUAAUAUACCGGCACGCCAAUCAAGUCUGAAAACAAUAAAUAUGUAGGAUUCAA